UUCAAUUGAAAGAUCAAUUCAUAAACGAUUAACUGGGCCGACGAUGACAACGAUGAUGACAUCGGCAAUGAUACUAACAACUUAUUACAUAAAUGACGAAAUUACUUUUCUCCUAUACAGACCAUGGCUUAUCAGGAAUCGGUUUUUACGCGGGAGCUGGGGCGUGUACUAGAGACUUGUAGCUACAGAUUUAUUGAUCUAACACAAACUGGCUGGUGCUUAUUCAGACUCAAAAUACAUCACACCAUUACCUGUAAAACGACAUAGGUCGAAAUCACGCACCAAUUAAUGCAUUCAAUAAAAAAUAAUUGAACUUAGAAAUGGAUCUCGUCACCCUGGUCGCCAUGGUGACGAGAGUACUGCAAUAGUAUAACAUAGUCCAGUGAUUUCUAAAGUAGCUUAAAAUGUGAUGUUUGUUUAUGAAUAUUGAUGCUAAGUGUUUAUACACAAGUGCAUCCUGUUUGUCCAAUCAAUUUCCUAAUCAGUGUUUACCUGUUCGAUAACAGGUAACCCGUGCUGUGUUGUCAAUAAACACAUGAAUAGAACUAUUGGAUUUCGUUAAUCCGUCUGGUAUAACAACUAGUGGGGAGUAUUCCUGGUAGAACAGAAUUACACAAUCAGAGAUCCGGCAAGUGGACAUUUUAUUUACAGACGGUGUCGAUGGUUCUGAUUCAGCCGUUGAUCUUUUUCUUGUUAACUUUCAGGUUGUGUGAGCUAACUCUACGCAAAUCUGAAUCCAAUACGGAUUCGUUAGAUAACGGUGUAUUGGAGAUGUACAUGAGAGCUAUCGGGAGAGAACUCAGAACUUACUGUCAUAACCCUACACUGAUCGCUAACUAGCAUGGCUGGACGACAGGAAGGGAAUCGCGCGCUAUAUGGCCUUUUAAAGAACACUCGCUGUUAUUUAUGUCGUAACGAUUUCACUGACCCACGUGAGCUGGACUGUUGUCAUGUCUACUGUAAGUCCUGUCUGGACGGGUACAUCAACUCUGUCUGUCCUGACGGGACGAUUGACUGUCCGUUGUGUGAUACGGCCACUCGCACGCCACAACGGGGCGCUGAGGGCAUCAAGAGAAACCUGUACCUGAAUCUGUCGACAUCCACUGUAGGUAUUAUCUGUGACGUAUGUAAUGACGACAAAAACGCGACAGGAAGAUGUGUCGAGUGCGCGCAAGAUUUUUGCGACACAUGUUUUGAAUAUCAUAACAACAUUAAGACGACUCGUGAACACCACAUUGCGACGAUCAGCAAGGACCACCUCCAAGGAAAGUUGACACGAGAUGUUUACUGUGAUAUUCACGUGGAUGAGAAGAAGACAUAUUAUUGUAUCGACUGUGAAAAGCUUGUAUGUCAGCACUGCAAUAUGACGAAACAUAAGCUACAUACGUCCCGAGUUGCAACGGAAAUGUCCGACAAAUUCCGUGAACAACUUGCGAGGCUGUUAGAAUCUGAAGACUUCGCCAAUCAUUUGUUUUGGAUGAACGAUAGAAAAACAGAAGCAAUACAACAAAUCAAGAGACUGGAGACUCUAGAGGAAGUGGCGAUGAGGGAAAUAAACAACCAUGCCAAAGUAUGGCACGCGCUGGUCGAGGAUACGAAGACGUUUAUGUUGAAGCAAGUCCGGGAAGACUCCCGGAAAGACAUAGCUCCCGUCAAAAACAUCGGUAGAAAAUUGGAAAACAACAUACAGUCCUUCGCCAAUAUAUACCUUGUAUCUCAGGCGGCUGUCAAACAGUCAGAUGACGUGGAAAUCGUAGAAGGCGGGCUGAAGUUACAAAGGAAACUGACAAGUUUAAAGCUAGAUGGACCGGUCCAAUCUUUACCGAAGAAUCAAGGAAUUCAAUUUAAUCCAAAAGUGAUGACUUUGGAAGAAUUCCUGCCUUCGUUUGGACUUUUAGGACCGGCAGUCCCUCAAAAGCCAAAAGCACGUCUAAUAUCCCAAUUCUGCACGAAGACGGCUGGUGCCCCAGUCUCCGCUAUCUCGUACGUCGCGGACGGUCGUGCCUGGGUCAUAGAAGGGAUAGACGGCAUCAUUCAGCUGUAUGACAGCAAGGGGAGGGUCCAUCAGAAGUUAAACUUGAACCUUCCCGCGGACGAUAUCAUCUGUGGGCCGGACAACAAGAAAUAUGUAUCUUGUAACUCUGCGAGACAAAUUGUGAUGGUGGACGACACCUCUAAAAACUUCUCUUUUGACUUACACGGAUUUGUGUUCUAGGGGAAUCGCGUAUGACCAAAACGAAGG